AUGGGUGGAGAGGUUUCAUACAAGCGUUGUCCCCAAUCCCCGACCGAGAUGUCGAAGAAGCCCUCAAGUCCAAAAUGGAAGCUUUGGGUCACUGUCUGCGGUUUGGCUGUCACCUUGGUCCUGUUUUUCACCUUCCUGGCUUUAUACAUAGAGGAAAGGACUGAAUGCGAAUCCCGGUGCUACAACCAUACCUCCUCUGCUGAGGACAAAAUGACAGGAAGCGAUGCGCUUCGGGCACAACUGGCAGCUGUCAAUCAGAGCCUUGAGAACACCGCACAGCAUUGGAACUCCUGCAAAGAAGAAGUGGUAAUCUAUCAUCUAUCUGUCUAUCUAUCUAUCAUCUAUCUAUUUGUCUGUUUGUUUGUCUGUCUGUCUGUCUGUCUGUUUGUUUGUCUAUCUAUCUAUCUAUCAUCUAUCAUCUCUCUCUAUCUUCCUAUCUCUAUCUAUCUAUCUCUCUAUCAUCUCUCUCACUCUCUCUAUCACCAUUCUAUCUAUCUAUCAUCUGUCUAUCAUCUAUCUUCCAUAUAUGAUCUCUCUCUCUCUCUCUCUUCCUAUCUCUAUCAUCUAUCUAUCUAUCUAAUCUAUCUAUCUAUCUAUCUAUCUAUCUAUCUAUCUAUCAUCUCUCUCUCUCUCUCUCUCUCUCUUCCUAUCUCUAUCUCUCUAUCUCUCUAUCAUCUCUAUCAUUCUAUCUACCGUAUCUAUCUAGCUAUCUAUCUAUCUAUCUAUCUAUCUAUCAUCUCUCUCUCUCUCAUUUAUCUAUCAUCUAUCUCUAUCUGUCUAUCUAUCUAUCUAUCUAUCUAUCUAUCUAUCUAUCAUCUAUCUAUCGAUCAUCUAUCUAUCAUCUAUCUAUCAUCUAUCUAUCUAUAUCAUCUGUCAUCUACCUAUCUUUGUGUACGGGUGAUCUUUUGAGAGAUCAUCCACCCAUCGCCUCCAUUCUUCCGUAAACACGUCGCCAUUCUGCUGCCUUAGUUUGGCAGUUAAUUUCACCAUUUUAGCAGGUUCACAGGUUGGGGCGACGGGUGCAAAUUUUGCCCCCGAUCAGGAAGUUCGCUUCCAAACGCACCCAUUCGCACAAUGCUCCUUCCAGGGAAGGAAGAGGCAUGUUCGGAGUCCAAGGUCACAUCCCAGCCCUUCCAAAAUGCCCAAGGAGGGGUAGUGAGGUGGGGGCCGGGGAGAGUCCCAGGGGCCACAAAGAGAGAAUUAAUUGGCAGGCCAUGUCCGUUCUCCCGGAAGCCAGAGGUUUCCCACCCACGACCUAAAACGUCUUGUGUUUUCGUUUCCUGUCCAUAGCAACAUUUGAGGAAAAACACAUCUGUGCUGGAAGGUACCAUCGAAGCGAAGGAGGAAGCGUACAAACGUCUGCAGGGUGAGAUAACCGAACGGCGGGGGUCUCAGAAGCCCCGUGGGGCUUGGCAGUUGGGAUGGGGAGACCCAGGAGGAAAGCAGAGCCCCUCUUGCCCAGGAGUGGGGGGAGGCCUGGUUCACUGAAAGGGACCCCCAGGGGUCAUCCAUCCCAACCCCCUGCAAUGCAGGAAUCUUGGCUCAAGGAUCCAGGACAGCUGGCCACCCCAACUCUGCUUAGAAGUGUCCGAGGAAGAAGAGCCCCCCCUUCUGUCCCACGAUUGAACAGCUCCGUCUGUCAGAAAUCUUUCCCAGAUGUUGUGUCGGAAUCUCCUUCCUUGUCACUUGAAGCCACGGGUUCGAGUCCUGCCCUCCCGAGCAGGAGAAAACAAGCAUAUGGCAGCCCAUAAGAGAUAUUUGAAGGUGGCUCCCCUAUCUCCUCUCAGCCUCCUCUUUUCCAGGAUAAACAUACCCAGCUCCUUCGACCGUUCCUCAUCAGGCUCGGUUUCCUGAUGUAGCAGGGAGUUCCACAGGUCUUAAGGCCCGGUCGCGAGUAAAAGCCGGCCGAUCCUCAGGGGCUGGGAGGGUGGACCCCCAGGAAAGCCCCAACUCAGGGUUUCCAAGACCGAGGUGCAAAAUUUGUGAAAAUAAUAAUAAUAAUAAUAAUAAUAAUAAUAAUAAUAAUAAUAGAUUGUCCGCUGCUGGCUUGGCAAAGGGGGGGGGAAUGAGCGAUGGGGAAUCUAAAAAGCCCUCAUUUUCCGUUUCCCAGAUAAAAAAAACCUUCUCCAGAAUCAGCUCUCCCAGUUGAACAACAGCCUGGAAAACUACAAGCAACAAGGGUAAGAACAGCCAAUUAAAAUUCUACACCUGCGUAAGGACACCCUUGCGGCGUUCAGCUCCGAAAUCCCAAAGCUUUGGCAACCCCAAAGGGCCGAGAGAGGCGAGAAGUCGAUCACACCUCCCUGGUUUUCUGCUUUUAGCCCCAGAGGUAGAGUGUCUCUGGCUGGGGAGGUUUGAUCAUUAGCCGCCAAGCCUAAAUGCCCUUCUGCCCCCACCAAGUUAGUGGAAUAUCACCACACGAGUGUCUGGAGGCAGUUGGGGGAUGGAUGGCGGCUAACAGAUAGAGGUUGAAUCCUUACAAGAAAGAAGGACUGUUUUUGGGGGACAGGUGUGGGGGACUCCCUGGUCCUGAAUGGGGUCACUGUGCCCCUGAAGGACCAGGUGUGCAGCCUGGGGGUUAUUUUGGACUCACCGCUGUCCAUGGAGGUGCAGGUCAGUUCUGUGUCCGGGGCAGCUCCAUCUGGGACACAGGAUGAGACCCUCCCUGCCCGCAGUCUUGCCAGAGUGGUGCAUGCUCUGGUUAUCUCCCACUUGGUCUACUGCCAUGCGGUCUCCGUGGGGCUGCCUUUGAAGGUGACCCGGAAACUGCAACUAAUCCAGAAUGCGGCAGCUAGACUGGGGACUGGGAGUGGAGACCACAUAACACUGGUCCUGAAAGACCUACAUUGGCUCCCAGGACGUUUCCGAGCACAAUUCAAAGUGUUGGUGCUGACCUUGAAACCCCUAAACGGCCCAGUAGACCUGAAGGAGCGUCUCCACCCCGGACACCGGGGUCCCUCUCCCGAGGGCCUUCUGCUUCUGGCGGUUCCCUCCCUGCGAGAAGUGAGGUUACAGGGAACCGGGUGGAGGGCCUUCUCGGUGGUGGCGCCCUCCCACCAGACGUCAAGGAAAUAAAGAACUAUCUGACUUUUAGGAGACAUCUGAAGGCAGCCCUGUUUAGAGAAGAUUUUAAUGUUUGACUUUUUUUGUGUUUUUAAUAUCCUGUUGGGAGCUGCUCAGAGUGCCUGGGGAAACCCGACCAGGUGGGCAGGGAAUAAUAAUAAUAAUAAUAAUAAUAAUAAUAAUAAUAAUAAAACAACAACAGCAACAACUCAGAAGAGCCCUGCAGGAUGAGGCCUCCCGGUGGCUCCAUCCCUGGCCCAGUUUCCUGCUUCCAGCAGAGGGAAGCAGUGGCCUUGUCUUUGCUGGUCCUCUCAUUUAGGGAGGAGACGCCGACUGACGAACCAUUUCUUUGUUUCCGCAGAAACGAAAAGGAUAAAACAAUCCAGCGCUUGAAGGAUCAGCUCAACACACGACAGACAUCUUCCGGCAUGGUCCUUUUCCCUUCCUUCCUUAUCCCUUCCCUCCUCCUUUUCAUAGCACCUGGAGUCCUCUGCAGUCUCCUGUAG